AUGAGGCGCUUCGGGGCGUGCCAAGGCAAAUUCUCAGUGCCACCCUCUGCGCCCUCUCUAGGUUUUCUUGUUGUGUGCUGUUUAGCGUCACCAACGGCAGCGCGUAGGUCGGGCAGGACACGAUCAGGCCCUUGUACAUUGCCAGCAUCAUGGCCUGCGAGGUGCCCCACGUUGUGCCUCCAAGUGCCCGCAGGGUGUUUGUUCUUGUGCGCAUCUUCUGGAGCACUGCAUCUACAGCGGGCCUCCAGGACACGCGCGCGUCGAGCAUCAAACCCAGAUAAGUUGCUGUCUUUUCUGAUUUUAUCGGUGCUCCCUCGAUGUGUAGUACUGGACGAAAUGUUCGCAGUAUUGGAGCCUGGAACAGAGCCGUGGUCUUCUCAGCCGAGAUGCCGAGGCCCAGUUCGUGUAGUCUGUGCACCGUGUUGGUCAGUGCCCGUUGCAACUCUUUCACCAUUUCCUGUCUGCGAUUUGGUGGGCUGGUGGCCCAAAGUGCCACGUCGUCUGCGUAUACCGCCAUGUUCACGAGGAACUGUGGUCGAGCUCCAACUCCGGCAGCCGAAGGGAGAGAUGCGAUCGCGAUGGAGAAAAGCAGCGGGCUCAGCACGCUUCCCUGAGGCACACCGGCUGUUAUCCCGCGUGGUGUGCUGUAGGUGCUGCCGACACGUACACGCAGUGUUCUUCCUGUCAGAAAUGCACGUAUGUAUGACAGGGGGCGCCCGGUGA